UUGCAUUUGUUGAAAACAAUGAGAUACAAUCUGUGUAUUCACGUUAGCGUCUCUGUUGGUCUGUCCUUCCAUCGAGCGUACGAAUCCAAUCCCGCCCCUUCUCUCUCUCUCUCUCUCCAAGCUGAGUCAGCUGACCAAACCGAGCUCCAUUCCAAUUUCGGAGCUCUGGCGACCCGAGAGUCCGAUUCUCCUGCUAACAUCCUCCACUUUUCUUACCAUCCGAUUUUUUGUGUAAGAGUUUUUUCUGUAUUUGAACGGAGAAUUUGAGCGCCGUUUGUGGGAGAUGAACUUGUAGAGGACAUGAAGAAGGUAUCAAGAAAAGUCGGGAAGUAUGAGGUGGGCCGAACCAUCGGCGAGGGAACUUUUGCCAAGGUUAAGUUUGCGCGGAACACAGAGACCGGCGAGAGUGUGGCCAUGAAGGUUUUGGCCAAGACCACCAUUCUUAAGCACAAAAUGGUUGAACAGAUUAAAAGAGAGAUAUCAAUAAUGAAGAUUGUCAGGCAUCCUAAUAUCGUAAGGCUGCAUGAGGUUUUGGCUGGCCAAACAAAGAUAUAUAUAAUUCUCGAGUUUGUAAGUGGAGGAGAGCUGUUUGAUAAAAUUGUCCAUCAGGGAAAGCUUCAUGAAAAUGAAUGCAGGCGGUACUUUCAACAACUUAUAGAUGCAGUUGCUCAUUGUCACAAUAAGGGUGUGUACCAUAGAGACCUGAAGCCUGAAAAUCUUCUUCUUGACGGAAAAGGAAAUUUGAAGGUUUCGGACUUUGGACUGAGUGCAUUACCUCAGCAAGGGGCUGGCCUUCUUCGAACAACAUGUGGAACCCCCAACUAUGUUGCACCAGAGGUGCUCUGUAACCAGGGUUAUGAUGGUGCAGCUGCUGAUUUGUGGUCAUGUGGAGUCAUCCUCUAUGUUCUAAUGGCCGGUUAUCUUCCAUUUGAUGAGACACACCUUCCAACUCUUUACAAAAAGAUAAGUGCAGCAGAAUUCUCUUGUCCAUUCUGGUUUUCUCCAGGAGUGAAGUCUUUGAUACAUAAGAUACUUGAUCCCAAUCCUGAAACACGCAUUCAGAUUGAAGGAAUAAAAAAGGUUCCAUGGUUUCAGAAAAACUAUGUUCCUGUGAAGCAUAGAGAAGAUGCGGAAGUGAAUUUGGAUGAUGUUUGUGCAGUUUUUGAUGAUAUUGAGGAAAACUAUGCUGCUGAGCAGUCAGAAAACUAUGGGGGUCCUCUGAUAAUGAAUGCAUUCGAGAUGAUUACACUAUCGCAGGGCUUGAAUUUAUCUGCAUUGUUUGACAGGAGGCAGGAUUAUGUAAAGCGGCAAACACGGUUUGUUUCCUGCAAACCAGCAAAAGUAAUUAUCUCAACUGUUGAAGCUGUUGCCCAAUCGAUGAGUCUCAAGGCCCAUACGCGUAAUUUUAAGGUAUGGCCCAUAGCGCCUAUCUUUUAUAUAGGCAUUUUCUCAAGAUACUUUCUUCUUGCUUGACAUAAAACUUUUCACAAGUAAUUGUCACGCUCCUUUGACUCUGGUUAUUGUAUGAUCAUAUAUGUCUCACGCUUUAAACUCUUCUAAUAAACGCCACUUGAAAAUGCACAUGUACAAACUGCAUUGCAAUCAGUAUAUAUGGCUUUCUGGAAUAUUUUGUUGAUUAUUAUUAUUAUUAUUUUGUCUUAAAUUUGCAAGAGAAAUCCAAUGCAUAAAAAGUGAAAAUAAUGCUAAUCCACUUUCAUUAACUUUUUUCUUUUAAAAUGU